AUGAAUAACAAGUUUGAUUUUAAAAGCAUCAGUUCAAGUCAGGCGUCCGUUAUGGGUGACCUUCAGAGACUUCUUAGCCAAGGAGAAUAUGCUCCUUUUACCUCUGCUCCCAUCUUCGAGAGCAAGUUUGUCCAGGUUAAUCGAAGAGGGGAACCAAUUUCUGUCCAUAACCAACCCAGCUGUGUGACCAUUGGCAUCUGUGCUGCCAAUCCCACUUCACCGAUGCCCAAUGCAAUGCUGGUAGCGCGCGAGGUGCCCGUGUCCCCACAGGAAAGUACAACAAACUUCUGGAAACUCUCAGAGCAGCCACCCCGCAUAGAACAGCUAGCACUUACCAGGUUCUUCCCCUUGAAGUUUGUGGAACUCUCUGUCCACAGCACAGAUAAGCAUCACCUCAUGUUAAAAUUAGUAAAUGGCCGUUCCUAUUAUCUAGAGCUCUGUGCCCCACCAGACCAGCAACAAUACCUAUUCCACCUGUGGCUGCAGCUCAUCUCUCUCCUGAAACCCCCAGAAAAUACCAGCAAUACCGAAGUAGAAGUAAAAUGCAAGGAUUUUGGCACGUGUCACAAGAAAGCUCCCAGUCCAAACAACCCAUCAGAAAAUAGGGAUGACCCACAAGAUGUGCCUAACCCCAAAACAGAGGAAGAAGAAGUUACAAAACAAACCUCCUCCAACCAAGUUCCCCUCUCAGGUACAGUGGGUCCCACAGAAGAGAGUGGAAGGAAAGAGGAAGUCUUCCACAGCUCCCUGAAACCAACCAGGCAGUCAAAGAAUAUAGAUCCUCUGGAUACAAAGAAGAGCAAAAGCACAGAAAAGAGGAAAACUAGGGUUGGAAGGCGGGCUGCCACGGUGUCAGAAUCUGGGGAGCCGCAGCAGAGCAACCGGAGGAGCGGCGUCGCAUGGCUGGCCCGUGAGGUAAGUCCCGCAGCUCCUCGCCCGAGCGCAGCGGUGGCUGGCGAAGCUGCGGCCAUGGGAACCAGCGGUGCUCUGGUCCGGCGGGGGAAUGCCGAGUCCUGCAAAUGGGGGGCUGCAGCUGCUGCCCGGGGAGCCCUGGCACCAGAGGAGCCAGAGGGGGAGUAA